AUGGAUCUCGUUAAUCAUUUGAGCGACAGGCUUUUAUUUGCCAUACCAAAGAAAGGACGUCUUUAUGAGAAGGCCGUUUCUAUCUUACAUGGAGCAGACAUCAAGUUUCACAGAUCGUCAAGACUAGACAUUGCAUUAUCUACCAGUUUGCCUAUCGCGCUGAUCUUCUUGCCUGCGGCCGACAUUCCAGUGUUCGUUGGCGAAGGUAACUGUGAUCUGGGUAUUACCGGAGUGGACCAAGUCCGUGAAAGCGACGUUGACGUUGAUUUACCCAUCGAUUUACAGUUUGGUAGCUGUAAGCUGCAGGUGCAAGUACCUGUCAUGGGUGCCUACAAGGACCCAAAACAAUUGAUCGGUAAGACGAUUGUUUCCAGUUUCACCAACCUAGCUUCGAAAUAUUUUGCCGACUUGGAGGGCGUUCCAGUAGAGAAAAUGACAACCAAGGUGAAGUACGUUGGGGGCUCGGUGGAGGCGUCUUGCGCCCUUGGCAUUGCCGACGCAAUUGUUGAUUUAGUCGAAAGUGGCGAGACCAUGCGUGCUGCAGGUUUGACAGAGAUUGCCACCGUCUUGGAUACUAGUGCCUAUUUGAUCGAGUCCAAGAAUACAAAGAGCGAUCCAGAACUCAUUGAGACCAUCAAAUCCAGAAUUGAGGGUGUCAUGACUGCACAAAAAUACGUUUACUGUAACUAUAACGCGCCAGAGUCUAUCUUACCAGACUUGUUACCUAUCACUCCAGGUAGAAGGGCGCCUACUAUCUCAAAGAUCAAUGAUGAAGGUUGGGUUGCCGUCUCUGCAAUGAUCGAGAGAAAGAAGAAAGGUGUUACCAUGGAUGAGUUGAAGAGGAAGGGUGCGGAAGACAUAAUGGUUUUUGAAAUCUCAAAUUGCCGUGUUUAG